AUGAGAUUCACGGAGAGCUUCGAUAACAUCUACCUCGACCUCUCCAAGCAACCCGGAAAGUGUAAGCUUGCGGAAAGUGGCUUGGGAUGGAAGCCUUCUGGUGGAGGCGAGACUUUUACCCUCGAUAGCAGCAAUGUCGGCGCAGCUCAAUGGAGUCGAGCGGCAAAGGGAUACGAACUGAAGAUUCUGUCGCGCUCGUCGGGCGUCAUCCAACUGGAUGGCUUCGAUCAAGAGGAUUUCGAGCGAUUAAGCAAGGCCUUUAAGAUUUGGUAUGGGAUAAACGUGGAAAGCAGGGAGCACGCUCUCCGAGGUUGGAACUGGGGCAAGGCAGAAUUCACCAAGGCUGAGCUAUCUUUCAACGUCCAAAACCGACCGGCGUUCGAAGUUCCGUAUUCCGAAAUCUCAAACACGAAUCUUGCAGGAAAGAAUGAAGUGGCUGUCGAACUCGCUCUUAAUGCCGAUGGCGCCGAUGCCAAUGCCCAGCCAGCCGGUAGCACCAAGAACCGUGGCCGGAAGGCUGCUUCGGGCCCCGAUGAGUUGGUGGAGAUGCGCUUUUACAUCCCUGGAACAGUAGUGAAGACCGAGAAGGGCAUCAAGGAAGAUAAUGGCGAAGAAGAAAACGGCGAAGAAGAGGAAGAAGGCGAAGAACAGAAUGCGGCCAACCUUUCUACGAAAUGCUCAUGGAAAAAGCAGAGAUUGGCGAUGUGGCUGGCGAUACGUUUGCUACUUUUCUGGAUGUUCUUCAUCUUACGCCCAGGUCGUUUCGACAUCGACAUGUACGAGUCUUCGUUCCGACUACGUGGCAAAACCUACGAUUACAAGAUUCAGUACUCUUCUAUCAAGAAGUUCUUCUUGCUUCCUAAGAAUGACGAUACACAUACGCUCAUUGUUCUCGGCCUCGAUCCCCCUCUGCGACAGGGUCAGACUCGGUACCCAUUCCUGGUUAUGCAAUUGAAGCUGGACGAAGAAAUUAGCCUUGAGCUCAACAUGACUGAUGAAUUGAUGGAGACUCGCUACAAGGACAAGUUGGAGCCUCGUUAUGAGGAACCUAUUCAUCAGGUCGUAACCAAGAUUUUCCGCGGUCUUUCGGGCAAGAAGGUCAUCAUGCCAUCGAAGGACUUUGUCAGUCAUCAUGGUCAUAGUGGGGUUAAAUGCUCUAUCAAGGCCAACGAAGGUCUUCUGUACUUCUUGGACAAGAGCUUGAUCUUCGUCCCGAAGCCUGCUACGUACAUUCAGAUCGAGAACAUUGCCAUUAUUACGAUGUCCCGUGUCGGUGGUGCCGUGUCGGCCAGCAGAACCUUCGAUAUUUCAGUCAGCUUGAAGGCUGGUAUGGGAGAGCAUCAAUUUAGUAACAUUAACCGUGAGGAACAACAACCUCUCGAAGAAUUCUUCAAAGCGAAGAACAUCCGAUUCAAGAACGAGAUGUCCGACGAUGCCGGGGCCCUGCUGGCUGCUGCCCUUGACAACGACGAUAUGGGUUCCAGCGAUGACGAGGGCGCCGAGUCCGAGUCUGACGUUGCGGAAGAGUUCGACUCGGCCCACGAAAGCAGUGGCAGCGGGAGUGACGCCGAAAUGGACGAUGCUUCUGAUGGCGGCGGCGGUGACGAUGAUGAAGAUGCGGAUAUGUCGGAAGCGGAACGGCCGAAGAAGAAAUCGAAGGUUGGGAAAUAA